AUGAGUGUUCUAAUGGCAGACAUGCUUUGUUUGGAUAUUGGAACACGUCGAGCGUCUCUUACCACUGAUGUGGAAGGUUUGCAACGGGAUCAAAAUCAGAUGGAAAGCAUGUUAGCUGGAUACGUAAAUAAACUAAACCAUGACAAGAAAACAAGGCAAUUUGAGGAGAUUAUGUCACACUUGAAUAAAAUUCUGGACCGAAUCGGGAAUUCCCUUUCAGAGGUCGGGAUUUCCCCCGAGUUACCUCCUGCGCAAUUGGACAGGAACAAUCAAGUCUGGGGUGCAAAAGCGUUCGCGUUUCGUCCUCCGUCAGCAUGCAUGGAUGGCAGCGAACACGAAUCGAACAUUGAAGAGAAAAACAAGAUGUGGAAAUUAAUGGAAAUGUUAACUAAAACGGCAAAACGAAGGGAUGAGCUACUGAUGGAAAUAAUGGAAUGGCUUACUAACAUUGAUACGUCAACUGAGGGCGAGCAGGAAGAGAGAACGGUUAAGAUCCAAGGUGAAAUGGAAGAGACUUCAAUGAUAAAUAUGAUCGGCGCUCUUGAUUUUACGGAACAGACACUUGAAAAGUUGAAACAGCUCGGCCAAUAUUUGUUUGGGGAAAUAGAAGAUUUGGAUGAUAUAUCCUCUAUCAACAGUUUCAACGCAAAUACAAAAGGUAGAAUAAACGACAGAGUUGGAAAAGCAAGUUUGCAGCUAGAUGGUAUUCCAAAAAACACAAGCACAAAUGCAAUGAAGUCUAUACUCCUCCCAAAAAAUUUACCAGAUGAUGUUGCAUCCCUGCAAGCCAGUUAUAAUGAAGAAGAUGAAGAGGAACAUAAACUUAUGCUCGAUAUAUCAAAGCAUUGGGAGGAGGUAUCAGAUGAAAUCCGGAACAUUUUUAUUUCUAUUCAUGAGUUACGGAUGAUAAAAAGAUCCACAAAACUCUCACUUCGAAGAGCUCUGUAUCUUUUUAAACUGUUUGUUGCUGUGUUGGAACUCCGGUCAAAAGAGCUGAAGGCAAAAGAAACAGCCGUGAUCAAAGCGAAGGCAGAAGUGAAUGCUUUGAGCAAUAAAGUCGAGCAUUUGCACCGAGAAUCCAAGAGUUGGAGAGAAAGACUAAACGUUGCGCAAUCUGAGAAUAGCCAAUUAUUGGCAGAGGUGGAAGACAAAGAGAAUCAACUCAAUGAUCUUCAAAUGAUCAUUAAACAUAAUGAGAACGAUGCAGCUGAUCUAAAAAAGCAGAUUGCAACGAUUGAGGCUGAAAAACAACCUGUGGCCACCACUGUGGUCGUGGAAGAUCCAAGUUGUAAAGAUGAGGCAAACCUGGAGCUUUUACAGAAGAUUCGGGAGCAAUCCUCCACCAUCGAGUAUCUGGAGGAAAAACUAGAGAGGUUGGAAUCUGAUCACACUCAUUCAUUAGAAAGGGAGAAGUAUGAAGCAUUUAAAGCGAAGGAGCACGCCAAUAUGUGUGAAGAUAUGUUGAGUGAAGUGAAAAUGAAGUUAAAGGUUGUAGAAAUGAGGUCGGCUGGACUUGAGGAUGAUUUGCAAGUGAAGAAUGAAGAUCUGAAGAGGAUGGAGCAGCAAUUAGGGUCGAUCCUCGCUGAGCUGAAGACUAAGGAGGAUAUCAUAUCAAAGAUGAUGGGAGUACCGGAGUCCGAGGAGCCGUCUGAUCUUGUGAAGAAGAGGAGAGGAUCAAGGAGAAGCUCUAGAAGAGGGAGUCAGUUUGUGAAUAAAAAGUCUUCCGAGACAGUCCAGCAAAAUCCUGAUGGAUCUUCUGCACAAGGUUCUGUGGAUAAAAAAGAAACUUCUUCAUUCCUUGAUGCACCGGGCAAACGUCCUAUUAUGAAAGUUACAAGCAGUAAGCUGCUGGCUGCCAAGCAUUCAAGGUCAAAAGCAAACAUGAUUGGCGCUUCCGAGGUUGAAGAUCAAUCCAAUAUCACUUAUCUUCCAAAAAUGGGUUCUGCAUCAUCUCCUCACAUAAACGAGGUUGAAGAAGUUUCAUUUCCCGUGCCGGCAAAACCGACCCCGUCACCUGAAUCUGCUGAUAAUGUUGCCACUGUGAUGUCACAGAGAAGACACAGCUUGGCGAUGUACAAGGGAGAGAGACGAGGUUCAAUUAACGUCACACAAACAAAAGAGUACAAACGACUCGCUUCAGAACUGAGGGCAAGUGAAAAGAUGAAGUCUGAGUUAGAGAUUGAAGUAGAAGAAUUACAACGUGAACUGGAACAGCAAGAAACUGAGUAUGAGCGCGCCAUUCAAGCAUCCGCCCGCCAACACAAGAUGCAGAUUUUUUUGGAAGAAGGAAAAUAUAAAUCAGACACUGCUAAAGUAUAUACAGAAUCUCUUGAAGUUCAAUCAAUGAUAACUAGUUUCAAGAAAGGACUAGCGUCAGUACUUGAGAAAGCUUUGCUGACGGCUGCUGCUCGCCAAGCCAAGUCCUCAUUCAGCUACAUGGCUCCUGUCUGCCCAGAUAAUUUCCUUGCAAGCAUGGAAGCUAAUAAUGAAAAGUACCAUAAAGCAUUUGAAAUUUUGUUUGGUUCAAUUUCGACUGCCAUCUAUACCAUGCAAAGCGCACAAAGGGAAAUGAAAAUUCGUUCCGAGCGUUUGAUUGGUUUAGAAACAGCCAAUCACAUGAAAGUGCUCUCAGAAAAAACGGCAGUAAUUGAAAGAUUAAGUCGACAGUUGGAAAAUUACAGGGAGGAAUUUAAUCAGCUCAAAACAUCCCACCACUCCACACUUAAGAAGAACUUGGAGUUGAAUCGUAAUCUUAAGCAUUCAGAGAACGAAAAACACAAAGUUAUAAAUAAAGUACAGGAACUGGAAGAUGAAUAUGCCAUUAGUUCAAAGAAAGCUGGUACUCCCGGUAAAGAUGCAAAAAAGACAAAGGAAGCUUUGGAGGUUAUGUUAAAGUAUUCUAAAGAGCAAGAAAACAAACUUAAAAUCCAAUUGGCAGAAGUUACAGAAUUGCUAGAAAAGGAGAAAGUGUCACGAAAGAGGCUUGAAAAAGCCUUCAUCCUUCAACAGUCGCCCGCUAGUUCACCCCACGGAGAAGGGGCCUUGGGAAUUACCCUAAAUUGCACCAAACCCCCAAAACAGCAAGAGAAAAAGCAAAUCAAAGUAUCUUCUCCCAAAGCAAAAUCUACCACUUGUCGUUACAUUCAAACAUUAAACAAGUUUCAUGAACUGAGUGAAGAGAUGAAUAAUAUUGAUAAAAAUCUUAUUAACAAAUCGAAACAAGUAACUGCUAGGUGGCAUAACUGUGUUGGGACGAGGUUCAGAAUGUUGGUGCGAAAAUAUCUCACCUUUUGCAGAUUUCAGAAACAGCAGGCACAAGCUGGAAAGAAAGUUCUGCAACUUCGUCAACCGUUUAUGACGACCAGCAUGGAGGGCAAGGAAAGUAAAAAACCACAAGAUUCAGGCGCAGAACGUAGAAAGAGUGUCGGCAGUGAGAUGAAAAAGUUACAAGCAGAUUUCUGGCACCUUGAGAUGAAGAAGCAAAUGUUAACAGAAAGUAGCGACAAACAAUCAGAGCUUGGUGCUGCUGUUAAAAACUGCAGGCACCAAGUCCUCACUGUUUUCAGGGCUGUUGCUAAAGCAGUGAUUGCUGUUAACAAAGCAGGUUUGACAAGUGGUGCAAAGCCGAAAGAAUCUGAGGAAAAAGAUACUCCAAAUGUUAACCAAGAUUUGCUGGUUCCGUCAAACAGUAUGCAUUCUAUUGCAAGUAAUUCUAUCCAAUCAGCAACCACCAAUGCUACUUCAUCACCACGGUUACCAAAGCCACAAAAUUUUCAAGAUUCAGAAUGGAGCAAUGUUGCUGUGACAUCACAAUCAAUGAUAAUCAAAGUAAAACCUUCUAAAACUGACCAUCUACAAAAAGGUUCAACAACUUGUACAAACAGAAAUGAAGAAAUGAAUAAUAAAAGAAAAGAAAGUUUAGCAAAUUCUGAUGAUAAGCCGCUACAAUCUGCAAGCAUCGAUGUAAAUGGUAGUACUAAUUCUUCCAACUUGCAAGAAAACAAUGACACACCCCCCCAUGAUGAAGUCACUGACUAUACAGUGGAUCAGUCUCCUAUUACCACUUCCCAGAUUGAAAAUAAAACGCCUCACAGUUUAGAAAUAAACAAAAACAUUGAAGCCCUCUCCCAGCUAACUGAUGAUUCUCCAAACUCCAACAACUUCAACUCCAAGUAUUUUGCUCGAAGAUUUUCACACAACGAGCGUCGGCAUUCAGUUCCAAUUACUAAGAGUAAUCCACUUGUGAAAACCUGGAGCAGGAGAGCAUCACUGAGCGCUUCACCAAAGCAAGAUAUAGUGCGAGAAAUACCACGGGCGUUUGAAUAUGAAGUUCGCCAUGAUUUAGUUGAUGUACGUAGGGGUAUACAGAACACAAUGGAGAAGAGUUUAGUACAGGGUCCAUCAACAAGUGACCUUUUGGAUAUGGAUGAAGCAAUUGAUCCAAUUCGGAAUCGACAGCGUAGAAAAACACUGGCAUAUUUACAUGGAGUGAAGCAAGAUGAGGAGUUAGAUGUAAAUGAUAUUGUGGAGCAAGUUAAACAGCAGGGAAAUGAGGAUUUCGUCGUUGAUGCUGUUUUAUCCGUGAGGCGUGAUGUCACACCAGAAGACUCAAGAAUAGAUGAACUACCAAGACCAUCGACUGGCUUAAUGAAAAAACACAAACGACGUUAUAGGAGAGGUAUCAGAAGACCAGCUUCUGUAGCAUCUAUUGGUCACCAUAAAAGCAAGAUUGUAAGAAAGCAAUUGGUAAACAGGUCGUUUGUGAUAGUCCCAGCUGACCAGUGUAAAAACAGCUUCUUGAAUGUAAAAUCUUAUGCAAAAUAAAAUAAUACGUUGAGUUCUGAUA